UGAGACGCUGGUCGUCUUUAUUUUGUCAGCGCCGCCAUUAAAUCCGCAUCUAAAUCAACGAUCAGCGCUUAGAAACAACAUUUAACGAUUCAUAAUAUCAUUCAUCGGUUUAAACAUCACCCCGAGAUCAAAACACACGAUGAGGAUCGAAAAACAGCAUUAAAGAGUUACUGUUGUGACUGAAGACUUUAAUGAAGGGCCCGCGCGGACUGUAAUUGAUGUCUCCCUGUCUGUAUGUGUGAGAUUGAUGUGAGUGUGUUCUGUUGAAUGUGAGAGUGUGUGUGUGUGUGUGUGUGUGUGUGUGUGUGUGUGUGUGUGUGUGAGAGAGAGAGAGAGAUCUGUAGAGAGUGUGUGUGUCUGUGUGUGUGUGUGUGUGUGCUUCUCCACCAUGACAGAGCAGUGUAUAAAGUGGUCAUGCGAGUACUGCACAUAUGAAAACUGGCCGUCAGCUAUUAAAUGCACCAUGUGUCGGACUCAGAGGCCCAGCGGAACCAUCAUCACAGAGGAGCUGUUCCCGAGCAGCACCGACCCACGCUCCGGACACCAGUGGGGACCUGUGCACACCGAGGGGGGGGAGAGCAGUCUUCUCAUCUGUCCUGAUUCCAGCGCCCGACCUCGUAUCCGCCCCGCAGAGUUGUCCGAGCCCAGCGGUAAAUGGUCCUGUCUGAUGUGCACUUACCUGAACUGGCCGCAUGCAAUCCGCUGCACUCAGUGUUGCAGUCUCCGGCAGCGUGUGUGCAGCCCCAUGGAAACCCCACAGACGUCAGGGACCGGCGGGCGACCCGUAACCACACCACCCGUGGACCCCUGUGAGGAAUACAACGACCGGAACAGACUUAACACCCGGGCUCAAUGCUGGACCUGCUCAGCCUGCACGUACGAGAACUGGCCCAAAUCCCCGCACUGCGUCGUGUGUGACCACCCCAGACCCAACGACGCUAUCCAGUUGACUGAGCACGAGGAGCCCUCAUAUGUGGUCAACGAGCAGCAGCGCAGGCACGUGCGGAGCGUGUGCAGCGGGGGGCAGCGGCGAUCACCCAUGGCCUCUAAACGUGAGUCUGAGGUGCAGAUCGAGCUCGCCACAGGCGGUAAAGAAGAGAUACAGAUGGACUUCAAGAAACUCAAACAGAUCAGGAACCGCAUGAGGAAAAUGGACUGGCUGUUUCUGAACGCCUGCGCAGGUGUAGUUGAAGGUGACCUGUCUGCGGUGGAGGCCUAUAAGUCAUCAGGUGGGGACAUCGCCCGUCAGCUGACUCCUGAUGAGGUGCGUCUGCUCAAUCGACCCUCAGCGUUUGACAGCGGCUUCACACUCGUUCAUCUCUCCAUCCGCUUUCAGAGACAGGACAUGCUGGCCAUUCUCCUCACAGAGGUGUCGCAGCGCGCUGUCAAAUGCAUCCCAGCGAUGGUUUGUCCUGAACUGACGGAGCAGAUCCGCAGAGAGAUCAGCGCAUCUCUGCACCAGCGCAAGGGAGAUUUCAACUGCUACUUCCUCACAGAUUUGGUCACAUUCACACUGCCGGCUGACAUUGAAGAUCUUCCUCCAGCCGUUCAGGAGAAGCUCUUUGAUGAAGUGCUCGAUCGAGACGUCCAGAAAGAGCUGGAGGAGGAGUCUGCAGUGAUCAAUUGGUCUCUGGAGUUGGGCACUCGCCUCGACAGUCGUCUGUACGCUUUGUGGAACAGAACUGCUGGAGACUGUCUGCUUGACUCUGUUCUACAGGCCACAUGGGGCAUUUAUGAUAAAGACUCUGUACUGAGAAAAACUCUACAUGACAGUUUACACGACUGCUCACACUGGUUCUACAAUCGCUGGAAGGAGUGGGAAUCGUGGUAUUCGCAGAGUUUUGGGCUUCAUUUCUCUCUGCGAGAAGAACAGUGGCAGGAGGACUGGACCUUUAUCCUCAACCUCGCCAGUCAGCCUGGGGCGAGUUUAGAACAGACUCAUAUAUUUGUUCUGGCUCAUAUCCUGCGGCGACCCAUCAUCGUUUACGGUGUGAAGUAUUACAAGAGCUUCCGUGGAGAGACUUUAGGCUACACUCGAUUUCAAGGUGUUUACCUGCCGUUGCUAUGGGAACAGAGCUUUUGCUGGAAAAGUCCAAUCGCCCUCGGUUACACCAGAGGCCACUUUUCUGCUCUGGUUGGCAUGGAAACCAAAGGCUAUGAUAAUCGUGGCGCAGGCGCCAACUUCAACACUGAUGAUGAUGUCACCGUGACCUUCCUCCCGCUGGUGGACAGUGAGAGGAAACUUUUGCAGAUCCACUUCCUGUCAGCACAAGAGAUGGGCAGCGAGGAGCAGCAGCAGUGUUUGCUCAGGCACUGGUGCGAUUGUGUCGUGACUGACGGCGGGAUGUUGGCGGCGUUACAGAAGAGCAGCAGACGCAGACAUCACCCGCUUGUUACCCAGAUGCUGGAGAAAUGGCUGGACGGAUACAGACAGAUGAUUCCGUGCCCUGCGCUCUCUGACGGCGAGGAGGACGAAGAUGAUGAAGACGAGUGAUACUGGUCACACAGCAAUGAGAGAACGGCCUGAAACCAUUUCAACAGUUUUACAGAUGUCCGAUGACACAAACCCCCUAAAACGAUUGUGUUUUAUUUGUUUUUGACAUCCUCUCCAGCAGAACUGAACAUUUCUUUCCAUUAAUAUAGACGUGCUGCAUGAGGCUUUUUCAGUGUGGAAUUAAAUAAACAGCUUGUUAAAUAAGCACUUACACAAAGCACAUAUUCAGAUGUCUAGAGAGAGUUUCUCUUCGCUGCCGUUAAACAGUAAAACUGAUCACAGGACUGUUGGAAUAAAAGUCUUUAUGAUUUCAUUCACACUAAACAUAUGAAGACGUGUGUUUCUCACUAGUGUUAUUCAACAGAUGUUCAUUUGUCCUUAUGUUUGUUCCUCUUAUGGCUGCCCUUGAGUGAUGUGUGUGUGUGUUAAUUUGAUUGUAUUUAUGUAGGAGAGGCUUUACUCUCAGUGAAUACUGAUGCUCAUCAGAAACACACGUGACAUCAGUAUGAGUUUACUGACAUGUUAAACCUGUGAUCUAGUACCUCAUCUGUGACGUCACAGAGCGAAUCACGCAGCUUUAACAUUAAACACGUCAGCUCUCUG